AUGGCCUUGGGGAACCACAGCGCUAUCACUGAGUUCAUUCUCCUUGGACUGUCUGCAGACCCCCAUGUCCAGGUGCUAUCCUUUGUGCUGUUCCUAGCAAUUUACCUCCUGACUCUGCUGGGGAACCUGACAAUGAUGCUGGUGAUCAGAGCCGAUUCUCACCUCCACACUCCCAUGUACUUCUUCCUGAGUCACCUUUCUUUCCUAGAUUUUUGCUUUUCUUCUGCCACAGUACCCAAGAUGCUGGAAAUUCUUCUUUCUCAGAAGAAAACAGUCUCUGUGGAAGCCUGUCUAGCUCAAGUCUUCUUUGUGUUUGACUUGGGGGGCACUGAAGCCUGUCUGCUCUCAGUUAUGGCCUAUGACCGCUAUGCUGCCAUCUGCCACCCUCUGCUCUAUGGCCAGAAGAUGAGCAACCAGCUCUGUAAAGGUCUGCUCUGUGUUGGGCUGGUGUGGGGCUCCUGGGGCCUGGCCUUUGUGGAUGCUCUCAUCAACAUCCUCCUGGCUGUCGAUUUAGACUACUGUGAGGACCAAACUAUUCCCCACUUCAGCUGCGAGCUGUCCUCCCUCUUCCCUCUGUCUUGCUCUGAUACCUCCACCAAUUUCACGCUCCUGCUCUGCUCUUCAUUCUUACAUUUCUUUGGAACCUUCGUUUUCAUCUUCUUCUCUUAUACCCGUAUUGUCUCCACCAUCUUGAGCAUCAGCUCCACUUCAGGCAGAAGUAAAGCCUUCUCUACCUGCUCCUCCCACCUCACUACUGUGAUUUUGUUUUAUGGCUCAGGUUUCCUGAGCUAUCUGUUGCCAGCCUCAGGUUCUGCCCUGGAGAUGAUCGUCUCCUUGCAAUACAGCGUGAUCACUCCCAUGGUGAAUCCUUUCAUCUAUAGCCUGCAGAACAAGGAGGUGAAGGCAGCUAUGGGAAGAGUGUUGAGAAAAUACUUUCAUUCUCUUUUGUAG